ACCAACUAGUACAUCAAAGGCAGCUGUUUCGUUAACUUCAAUUUCCAAAUUCUUAAAAAUCGUUAAAAAAUGCCACAGCGAAAACCCAGGAAGGGAAAUAAAAAAGCCAAAGGCGAUGAUGAUGAAAACGAAAAUCAAUUGAGUAACGUCGAUCAAGCUUUCUACGAGACGACCAUUGCCGAUCUGGCACAAAAGCUUGCAACAUGCAAAGAACAGAAUAUAAAAAUGCAAGAGAAAAUGGAAGAAAUGGAUGCACAGUUCCGACAAUUCGAAGAAGAUCGCACCGAUGUGACUGGAUAUUUAGACCGAUCCAAUCUGAUCAAACAAGCGAACAUCAUCGAUUUGGAGGAAAAGUUAUCGGAAUUGGGGAAAGUGCGUCACGAAGAGACGAAGGAAUUUCAACGCAUCAUUAAAGAAUGGGAAGUCAAAUUCAAGGCAAUGCAAGAGGAAUUAACGUCCGAAAUAAAGCUUUUGACUGGGAAAUUGGUUUCGCUGGAAGAAUUUCGCAUUCAACGUGACGAGCUGAUGUCGAAAUUUGAUCAGCAAGAAAGCGAUUUGAAAGAACAAUCGCAACGGCACAAGGAUCUUUUACAAGAAAUGGAACGGAAGCAAAUUGUCGACAAAAACACGUUGAAAAAUGACGUGGAAAAUAAACUGCUUGAACUGUCGAGUGAAUUCACGAAGGCUAGUGAAGUUCGAAUAUCAGCGCACGUACAACGAUUAGUUCGUGAGAAUAUUGCACUCAAUAAUGAGUUGGAUCGUAUCAUGUUCACUCAUCGACGAUUACAAAAUGAAAUGAAAUCCAUAAAAGAUCGCGACAAGCAAAGAAGUGACGCUACUGCUACAUAUUGCACCGAAAAUAAGCAGCUCAUUCGAACGUGCGAUGUUCAAAUAGAGAUCAUCAAACGAUUGACAUCCGAGUGUGAGAAAAUGAAACUCACCAAUCAAGUCCUAAUGGAUGCGGCACGUAUGAAAGAAAAUGCAGAAAAGCGUGAGCUGAAAGCGGUUAAAGAACUUGAAGAAUACAGAGCGAAAACCCAUUUGUUGGAACAGCAUGUGCAUGCAAUCCGUACGGAAUGUGCGAAACAUAAAGUUAUAGUGCAAGACCAAAUCGAUGAAUCGGAUAGGUUGGCUAACGUUUUAACACAAAUCAAAUACACAGUCAAAUCAGCCUGCAGAGGACAAAACAACCCCGACGACGAUCCAAGAUUCCGGGAAGCUCAACGUCAGAAUCUGCUUUCCGAACUGUUGGGAAUUUUCUUGACUCUCGACGAACCCUUGCCAAAGAAAUCUUUCGAUACGAUCGAGGCAAUGGACGACAUGUACAACAAGGGCGAUCUGGGCAUGACACCAUCGAAAUCAAUUAGCAGUAUACUACGAAUGAGACGGCCAUUUGCCCGGCGAUUCGUAUCGGACAUAGAACUGGGCGUUAACGACGACGAGGAUGUUGAAGACGACGACAGCCUACCGACGAUAAAAUCAUAUCCAAGUUGUCCGAUAAUUGAGUUGGAAAGUGGUUCGGUGAUUGCAUAUUCAAUGUCUGGUUCCAAGACCGACGAUCAGGAAGUGGAAGAAACCGGAUUCGAUGAUUCGUCGGAUGAAGACGGUGAUGACGAGAAAACCACGGAAAAACCAGUGAAGAAAAAAAUUCAGCCAAAGAGCAGUACGGAAAAGGCACAAGAUUCCGAAGCUGAGAAGAAAUCAACUGGCUCGCAAAGAUCGCAAGAGAAGGUGGACGAGAAAUUACUCGAACGAGAAAAGAGCUCGUCCCAAAAGUCUGUGGGUCAAAUGAGUGAGACGAAUUUGUUGGAACAAAAGAAGAGUGGCUCACAAAGUUCGAAGGGUGGUGGAAGUGACAGAGUAGAUGACGAUGCAAAUAAGUCCGAUAAUAAAAUGGAAUAAAUUUUGAAGCGAAAA